ACUUGGGGAGAAGAGAAACAUCCACCCCCCUGCCCCAAAUCCCCUUGGUCCGGAGCCGCAGUCGGCUCCCCCCAGUCACAGGGGUCCUUCUGGGGCAUGUUGCCCAUAGUGCUGCCUGCCCUGCCCACCUCCCCCCGUGCAUCCCCCUUUGUGGGCAAGCGGUGCCUGGCAGCGACUGCUCCCUUGGUGCAGCGGGUGCCCUUCAGCCAGCGGGUCACCCCAGCCGCCUCCCGCAGAGCCCAGCCGGGGUCCUGAUCCCGGGACGCUGCAGGCUCCUGUAAUGUCCUGUCCUGGGGCUUGAGGUGUCCGGCAGCUCCAGGGGCUUGGCAGGGCCUGCGGGUACCCAGGUUCCUAUCACGGGGUGUGGCUGUACCGCAUGGCUGGGGUGCCGCCAACAGCCAGCCCUGACCCACGCUGGGACCCCGCAUGGAGCCGCCUGUCAGUGUGGGGGUGACUCUCCCAAUAGCCACAAAGGCAGCAGAGUUGCAAGUGGUGGCACUGUUGCGAGUGUGCGCUCUGUGCCACCUGGGAUGGCAUUGCCAACUCUGGGGGUGCAUGUUCCCUGCGCUCCUGCCCCUCGGCAGUACAGCAGGCUACAGCCCAGCAGCUAAUAACUCCGGGGCUAAAUUCAUUCUCUUUUCUGUAGCACACACAAGCAUGCCAGGCACUUCACAGAAAACAGGCAACCGGUUCCUGGGCUGAAGAGCUGCCCAGCUGAAGCACUGAGCCAGGACUGGGGUCAGCAUUGCAGACCCUUGUGGGGAAAGAGAGGAAUUAACUGAUCCCAGUUAGAAUAAGAAGCUCACACUCCACUGAGUUUCAGAGUCCAGCUCUCGCUUAUCUGGGUGGAAAAUCACUGUCAGCUUUGUACAGUGUGAGGGAAGAAAUGUGUGUUCAGCGGGAGCAGUGCUGCUGAAACUUUCCAACACUCCCCCUCUUGGCUGAGCUCAGGCGUGGAGACCCCGAGGAAGUCACGUGGCGCCAUGGUGGACUAUCGGAUCCGCGAGUACAGAGACAAGGACUACGAGGCGGUGCGCGAGAUGUUUGCCACUGGGAUGAGCGAGUAUGUCCCCGCCCUGUGCGUGCACGUGCUGAAGCAGCCCUGGGUGAUCCUGGUACUGGCCUGCACCUUCUGUGUCCUGCUCACCAGCUCCAAGUCCCUCCUGCUGCCCAUCCUGGCCGUCACACUGCUACUGGCUAUGGGGCGGCAGCUGCUCGGCUACUUCUGGACCAUGUAUAUCGAGCACUGCUUAAAGGAGGACUUGCUGGACAUCAGGACGACCUACAUGGGUAGCAAGGGCUCCUGCUUCUGGGUGGCAGAAGCGGAUGAGUGUGUGGUGGGCACCGUGGCUGCCAGGCCGUCUGACGAUCAGAAGGGGGAGCUGAUGCUGAAGCGAAUGUCGGUGCGGAAGGACUACCGGGGGCUGGGCAUCGCCACGGCAUUAUGCCAGGUGGUGAUCUGCUUCGCCCAGCAGCAGGGCUGCAGCGCCGUGGUGCUGAACACCCUGAUGGUGCAGGAUGAGUCCCGCCUGAUGUACGAGCACGUGGGCUUCGAGAAGUACCGUGAUGACGUGCUGCCCACCGUCUAUGGGAGACUGGCCAACGUCACCAUCUCCAAGUACAGAUACAGCGUCCCCCGCAGGAGCUGACGCGGGAGCAGACUCCACGCUGCUGACAUGGGCUGGAACCAGUAUCUCCUCCUCCUUCCCUUGCCCCGGAGCAUACAGGGCACAGAGGGUGAGAUGCAGCUGGCUGGUCACCUUGCGAAGCGCUGGCCUGAAUGAAGUGGUGUCUCGCUCUUACUGUCCUAUGCUACCAAUGUCUGAUUGCUCUGUGCAGUGGGGAAGAGCCAACCGGAUCCGCUUUGGGCCUGUUGCCUGGCUGCCUUCUUGAGGCGUAGAUGGUGUGUUUCCCAGAGAGCUGGCCUGACGGACCCCACUGACAUUGUCCCGCUGCCCCCAGUCUUGUCUGCGUCAAGGUCUGGGAGCUGGACGGCCGGAGCUGGGCCAGGUGCAUUUGAGGCCUUUUCAGUCCACUGCCUUGAUGCAGCAGCUCAGACGGUUCCUCAGCUUGAGCACGGUGGGCUCUGUGUAGUCUGUGUGCACCUGAAACUCGCCUGGCCUCAGUGGGGAGGUUUCCAUGCUCAUCACAGGGAUGGGAUGACUCUGGGGGGUGGGUCGUGGUGAGAUGCUGCUAAAUCACUGGUUCAGACCCAGGUCACGUGGGUGAAUUCAGUGCCAUUCCCACGUGCGUUGCGUUCUUUCAGUGGCCUUUGAAGAGAGUGGUCGGUCUCGGGGUGGGGGUGGAAUAUCUGGCCCCAUUACACCUGGAUCUAACUGGAUGGGGUGUCGUUGUCAGUGUCAGAAGCCCUAGACUGAAUGGACCUUGGGGACUGAAGUCCCCUCCUGUUUGGAGGAACCUCUUUGUAAGCAGAACCUGUCUCUAUCCCUGUCCAUCCAGCUCUUCUUCCCAGCAUCAAAUCCAUCUAGAAAUCUGAACAGGCAUUUGUCGUUCUCCCCAGCAGGCUGCCUGUGGGCCGGUGUCCCUCCAUCCAUCACUCAGCUGAGCAUGCUCUGGGAGCCCCAGCUCUGGGCCAGUGCUGCCUUGCUGUAUUGUUGGUGUUGUGGAACUUUGGUGAAUAAAGAAAUUGCUACAUUGC